AUGAAAUGUGGCACGUUUGCGAGGCGCAACCUAACCGAGACUGGCAUACAUGGCUUGCCAUAUUUGACGCGCAAGGACUUGCACUGGGCAGAGCGGCUGUUUUGGUUGGGCAUCGUCAUAGCGGCCACUUACUACUCCAUUUACAUCUGUCUGGAUCAAAUGAAACGUUUUCGCGAGAAUCCCAUUGUAUUCGCUGCCGAAUUGACUUGGGAUAAGAGGAAUUUCCUCUACGCGGGCAUCACCAUGUGCAGUGACUUUCGCAACGAAGUAGCAGAACGCGAAAUUAUCGAAGAGUGAGAAAUAACCGAGGAGCAAGUCACAACAAUCUUCCCACAGCGACUCAAAUAAUUUCCAUUUUAGGCUGUGGCACCUUUCGCCCAACGAU